GCGGCGCGGCGCACCGGAGAGGCCGGGCCGGAUGGGGGAGCCGCCGCCGCCGCUCCUGCUCCUCCUGCUCAGUCUGGCCGGGCGCGGAGCGGCCGGGGAGUCCAACUUCCAGCAAGAUCUGGCCCCUGAAGAGCACUACCGCUGCCUUGGCAAGCUCUGGCCCGUCCCCCAGCAGGGGUGCCGGACGCUGUCCAAGACCUACCAGGCAGAGGAGAGCAAGAUUGUGGCGGACACCAAAAUAGUCUACAGUCUGAGCAUUCCUCACAGUGGGCCACACAGGCCAUUUGGGGCAGCACCAGGAGAGUACCGGUAUUGUCCCCCUCAGCGCUGGCUGCACAACCUGAAGCAGGGAGGGGUUGCCUUCCUCUACCACCCCUGUGCUCACCCCUCCCUCCGUGGCCAGCUGACCCUCCUUGCCCGAGCCUGCCUGCCGGAUUACAUCCUCACCCCGCACGGUGGCCUGACCCAGGAAUGGCCCCUGGCACUGGUGGCAUGGGGUGCCACCCUGCAGAUGGCAAAAGUGGAGCUGGCCCAUGCUGUGGCUUGGCUGAAGAAGCAUGCCGCCCAAGAGAGCAGAAGGAAGCCCUGGGCGGGCAGGAGGUAUCGCCAUCUGAUGAAGCGCCCGGCGGCACGUGCCGUGGGCAGAGCUGUAUGCCCAGCAGAUCGAAUGCAGGUUUUGCAGAAGCUUUUCUGCCAUCUGGAUGCCAACCGGAGACGGCGGGAGCUGCCGCCAUCAGACAGGCAGGGCACAGAGCGGCCUCCUCACCCUCAUGGGGCCAGUGACCUGAAUUCGGCAGGAGCUAAUCAUGGCCGGGACGGGGCCGCAAUCCUGCCUUCUGCUUCUCCGAACUUAGCAGCCAAGAGGAAGGGCGUCCUUGCGGCGACAGGGGCCAAGGGAAGCUCUCAGAUGCCUGCUGUGCCCCAGUCACUCCGCCCCGGGCUGGGUGGCAGACCUUUGCUUACAACAGCCCAGGCCGCAGGGGGAGCGGCUCAGAAGCGGGACUGUCCUUGCCCAGACGGAGACCACCCCCAAGCCCCGGGCCAGCAGCUGAAGGCAGCAAAAGUGCGGGAGGCGGGGGAACGCGUGCACACACCUCGCACCGAAGAAGCCGCCUGGGCUGCCAGCGCGCUUACCUUCUUGCUGGUCACGUUGACGCUGGCUGUCUUGUACACGCGGCUCCACCGGAACUGUCGCCGCGGCCAGUCUCUCUACUGGACGAUGAGUGGCGAAGACGGGCGUGAGACAGUGGCCACGGUCAUCAAACGCCGGAUCCUGUCGACGCAGAGCCGGCGGAAAAAGAGACCCCGGCAGCACAGGGCCCUUCUGCAGACAACGUCUAGCGAGAGCUCCGAGUAGAGCCUGGAGGCGAGACGCUUUUGGCACAAGGGACCAUGGCUGUCAUGGGGGCGGAGACGGUGCCAGCAAGCGCAACCCCGACACCGCCUCGGCCUUGUGAGGAGCUGGCUCCUUGCCUGGACUGUUCUGUUUUUCCU